AUGGCAACAGCAGAAACUAUGCGCGCCGUCGUCUUCCACGGACCGUAUAAAGUUGCCGUCGAGGAACGACCCGUGCCCAAGAUCCAGGAGCCAACGGAUAUCAUCGUCAAGGUGAAAUAUGCAGCUCUUUGCGGCAGUGAACUCCACGUCUUCCGUGGCCAUCAGCCUUCGAAAACUGGGUUCAUCAUGGGCCAUGAAUUCACCGGCACGGUGGUCGAAACCGGAAGUGCAGUCAAGACGGUGCAGAAGGGCGACGUCAUCGUCAGUCCGUUCACGGUGUCCUGUGGCGAAUGCUUUUACUGCAAGCGAGGCUUCUCCUCUCGUUGUGAAAAGUGUCUGCUGUUCGGUUGCCCACUGUUAGAUGGCGGCCAGGCAGACUAUGUCCGAAUCCCUCUCGCCGAUGGAACCGUGACCAAAGCCCCUGAGGGAAUUGAUGAGAAAUUGCUGGUCCUGAUGGCCGACAUUUUCCCCACGGGCUACUUUGCCGCGAGCAACGCAUUCAGGGAAUUCACCAAGGAGCAGAUCUCCGAACUGACCGUGGUGCUCAUCGGUUGUGGACCGGUCGGUCUGUUGGCCCUGAUCAAUGCGUUAGAAUACAAGCCCAAGCACAUCCUGGCGGUGGACUCGGUGCCAUCCCGACUGGAACACGCCCGAUCCCUGGGCGCGGAGCCGUGGAACUACCAGACAGACCGGGAGGGACUCGACAAGCGAGUCAAAGAGCUGACGGAUGGCCGCGGCGCCGAUGUGGUGAUUGAGGUUGUUGGCUUGAGUCCUGCUCUGCGAAUGGGUUUCGAGCUGCUCCGGCCGUGGGGGACCAUCAGCAGUGUUGGCGUUCACAACGCAGAGAUACCCUGGACCGGAAACGAGGCCUACGGGAAGAACCUCAAAAUCCAGAUGGGCCGAUGCCCUGUACGCUCCAUCUUCCCGCAAGCGUUGGAGGUGCUGAAAAAGAAGCAGCACUUGCUGGGAUUCAUGGCCGAUAAGAUCAUGCCCCUGAGCGAGGCGGUCGAGGGCUACGAGAUUUUUGACAAGAUGAAGGCGCAGAAGGUGAUUUUUGAAGCUGGCAAGUAG